AUGAGCACCCAAGUACCCACAGUCAAUGAUCUACGGGGCGCUACUCUAAAGGUCAAACUUUGCUAUAUCUGUCGGGAGGAAGAGAACGCUGAUUCUCCCCAAGACCCGAACACUGCACCUCGUGCAUGGACACAUCCCUGCAGCUGCACCCUCAUCGCACACGAACAAUGUCUGCUCAAAUGGAUACAAUCAUCGCAAAGUAAUGCGUCACGAGCCCCGAAUGCUUUGAAAUGUCCACAGUGUGGCACGCAGUACGAGAUGGAGAGCGACAGGCCAUUUGUGCUCAAAUUUUUAUCUGUUGGAAAUAAAGUACUGCAGAAAUGCGGGCGGUGGUUUACAGUGUUCGGAGCUGCUGCUGCCGUGGGAUUGGUUGGUACCACUGUGUAUGUUUGUCUCACUGGCUAUGGAGCCUGGGCAUUGGAAAAGUUCCUAGGGAAAGAAUUAUUUGACCUUAUUCUAACAGACGACCCUACCAAUUGGCCGUGGUCAGCGUACAUCAACCUCCCUCUUCUCCCUAUAAGCCUCAUACUAUCCCGCUUCCAAACCAAUUCUACAUCUCUCGUCAUCCCCCUACUCCUCUUUUGGCCCCCGACGUCGCCUGUCACUGGCGAAAGGAGCAGACGAUUACAGGAAUACUGGUCUAAUCCCCAGAAUUCGUCACUAAUUACCUCCGGUUUUAAUUCCGGGGGCCUACUGGGUACAAAACACCACUGGCCUCCUCCGCCUAUCCUCUUUGGCCUAGUAGGCCUGCCUUUCGUGCGCGCGAUGUACCAGAACUGCUAUGCCUGGGCGUAUUCGAAGUUGUUGGGGACGCAUCUGCCAGCUCCACGAAGACCUCCCAGAGGCGGACUGAGGUUCAACGAGGGUCCAUUUGUGAUCAGGAUCCGUGCCAACCUUGACGGGGUCGAAGGAGGCAAUGGCGAUGACGGCCAGGGAGAAGGUGGGGGCGAGGAUGGUCAACCACCCCCUGUGGCUGCACCAGGCGCUGCUGACCAGAACGCUGGCGUGGUGGAACCGAACCCGGACCCCAAUGCAGCCGCGGUGGAGGCUGCGGAACAGCUCAUCGAAAUCAACGCGUCUUCUCUCGGACGACGGAUUGGCGGUGCACUGAUCAUUCCUGUCAUCGCUAAUUCAAUGGGCCAGCUUCUUUUAUCGUUGUCAAAACAUUCGAAAGUGCUGAGACUCUUGUUGGGGAUUCGUCAGCAUCAGAAACAGGCAGGUAGUUCAGGAAUGUUUGGAUUGCCACCUUGGGAGCGGGUGGUGUCGUCGUGGGUGCGGGGAGGAAAUAAGGAUGGGUCAGAUAAACCGUGGGCUCAGCUGAAUAUGUUCCAGCAGGCUAGGCUGAGUGUUAGGUUGUUUAUGGCGUUGUUAACCAGCUCUUCGACCAGCUGGGUAGAUAAUGAUCCUGUUUGGUGGCGCAACGGUGUUGGAUUUGGUUUGUUUGUGGUGGUGAAGGAUUGCAUUCAACUUCUGCACCUCUGGCUUGCCAAGCGCGAACUCGAAACCCGACGCGUCAAGGAUCGUGAUUUUAAAGGGGUCGACAUCCGCGAGCUUGACCUAUUGCCAUCAUUUUUCCAGCGAGCCACAUAA